GUCUUGAAUAAACCGUACCCUUUAGUUGUCUCUACCAAAAGCCUCUCGCCAUGAAUGAAGAAACCACCACCGGAAGCAACACCACCAUGACCACCACAAAGGGAAAAACCAACCGCAUACUUCUCCUCCUCACUGUCCUCCUCCUCGUGGUCGGAGCCUCCGGCGCCCCCCUCGUCUCCCGCCUCUACUUCAUUCACGGCGGCCAACGCAAGUGGCUCACCGCCUGGAUACAAACAGCGGCUUUCCCCAUCCUGUUGAUUCCUCUCUUUCUCUCCAAAAUUUCCAGCACAAAAACCUCACAAUCUCAAAGAAGACAGUCCCAUCUUACCUUUCCCUUGGCCCUUCAAAGUGCCAGCAUAGGCCUGCUUAUCGGCAUCGACGACUACAUGUAUGCUUUCGGUCUCUCUUACCUCCCCAUUUCAACCUCCACUCUCCUGGUUUCAACUCAGCUUGGCUUCACCGCCUUCUUCGCGUUCUUAAUUGUUGGCCAAAGGUUCACUGCCCAUACAAUAAAUGCUGUGGUUUUGUUGAGCUUGGGUUCGGUCUUGUUGGGGAUCAGGGCCAGCAGUGAUAGGCCUGAGGGCGUGACGGGUGCACAAUAUGGGCUCGGGUUUGUGCUCACACUCGGUGCUGCUGCUCUUAUUGGUUUGGUGUUUCCUUUGAUUGAGUUGGUGUAUGUGAAGUCUAAGCAAAUUGUGACGUUUGGGCUGGUCAUGGAGAUGCUUCUUGUUAUGUCGGUGGUGGCCACAGGGUUCUGCACAAUAGGAAUGGUUAUCAACAAGGACUUUCAGGUUAUUUCAAGAGAGUCAAAAGAAUUUGGAUUGGGAGAGUUUAAGUACCAUUUGACAGUGGUGGCAAGCGGCAUAUUGUGGCAAGUUUUCUUAAUCGGAAGUUUCAGUUUCAUCUUGUACACCUCUUCUCUCCUCAAUGGCAUUCUUUUGGCAGUGCAAUUGCCUUUGACCAGCAUAUUAGCAGUCAUCUUUUUCCAUGAGAAGUUUAGUGCAGAAAAGGGCAUGGCCCUGGUUUUAUGUUUGUGGGGGUUUGCCUCUUACUACUAUGGAGAACACAUUCAAUCAAAGAAGAGGGAGGAGGUUGUAAGGGAUAUAGAGAUUAACCACUUGUAAUAGCCAUAAGAUAUUAAAGGGGAUCCUCAUGCCUGGUUGGACUCCAAAAUCCAACUAAUCAACCCAGUUGUCUGAAGCAGAACUUAGAAAACACGAACUGGGUGUCGACUUGGACACUCGAAUUUGAGUCGGCUCACUGAUUCCUGUUUCAGUGAGCCAAUUUUGGGUGAGUCAGUCCUGAAAAACCACAUGUCAGUUGUGAAUUCAAGUUGUGGAAAUUUUGUUCCAA